CAGGCCUUCGCCGACUGCACUGUACUUACGAUCGCUCAUCGAUUGAACACAAUUCUCGACUCAAACCGAGUCCUCGUAUUGAAUGACGGAAGAAUAGCUGAAUUCGAUUCACCAGAAAAUCUUUUAUCAGACGAGAAGUCAAUCUUCUAUUCCCUCGCAAAAGAAACCGGAAUUAAAAGCCGAGAAGACUGUCACCACUCGUCCGCCGGACGUCUGACGAUAGCCUUUGUCGACGCACUCGUGGGCUCUCACCAGAUAUAUCAGACCAUUGGCGUCGAGGAACUCCUGUACGGCUGCGGCCGUGUAGUAGAAACCGGUGCCGCGGCUACUAUUGAUUUUCCAUCGCUGGCCAUUCUCACGCAUAGUUUGUUCUGUUUCGUCGGCCGAAUAGCUGGGCAUCGACUCAAUCGGAUCGUUCCACAGGAUCUCCUGAGCGGACGGCACUUCCCGUGGAUCCAUCAACGGUUUGGGGAUCAGACUUACCUCCGCCAAAGUGGUGGCCGAUCGCGGGGGUCCGCCGUGACAGCAGAACACACUCUGGCCUACGAUGGCUACGAGUGGCAGGCGAUCGAAACACCGGUUGAUCUGAUCCCAAAUGCGUUCGCCGACAACGAGUCCAAACUUCUUGCGGCACUCAAUCCAAAAGGUAUAAUCCCGAUUCGUAUGCCUGACCUCAUGGUUGCCCCUCAAGAGUGUGAACCGAUGCGGUUCGGCGUCGCGGAGGGCCAGCAAAUAGACGGCCACUUCCACCGAAUGGUCGCCUCUGUCCACGUAAUCGCCGAGGAAUACGUAGCGCGCGUUCUGCAGCUGAUCCAACCCGCUGUUCAUCCAAAAGGAGCACUCGAUGUCAUACAGGUCUUUGACGUUGCCGUGAAUGUCGCCGAAGAGAUAACACGGCGUCCCGACCGACACGAGCGACGGCUCGGCGUCCAGACGAUCGCAGACCCGUUGACAGAGAGCGGGUGUGACGGCAGCCACGUAUCGGUUCAAUUGAUGGCUAAUCGUCUGUCGGUUCUCUCGAGUGAUUCCAGGGAUGAAAUACUGUCCGCAGAAUUCCCGCAUUCGUUCCAAUAUAGCGCCCGAAGAGUUGUCCAUUCAGUGAGACUCUUUGCCGACAAAGACUCGGUGUCCGGCGGCCGACACUUUCACUCUAACGGUUCCCGAAAUGAUACGCAAGUGUUGGCCAGUCUUCAGCUCAUAUUCAAUGCGACCGCAAAGACUGGCCACUCGUUCGCCACCAUUAAGAGUACACACAGUUUGGUGACAAUAGAGGAGACACAGAGCGGCCGAACCCGUUAUGAAGAGGUCGUGAGCACCGGUCGGACCCCUAUUGAGUUGUGUCAGAGCCACCGAUGGCUGAGGAAUGACGACAUCGUUGUCGCGGCCAAUGAUCGGCCGCUUAAACACUUUGCAAUUGUUAUAUUCAAUCCAAACGCUUCCGUCUAUUGUUCCGAUUCCGCCGUAAAUCUUAUUCCUGUCGCUAAUCCUCACGAACUCAUUGGUCGACACUUUCGCUAUAAUCUGAUUCAUCGCUUCCAACGACUGAUCCUAUCGUUCGUGUCGUCAAAUCUCUUGAGCGCCAAUGGAUUCAACUCUUUCUCUCUUAAGCGCCGG